AUGAAAUCCUGUGGAGUUAGUGAAGAUCUUCCAAAUUACCUCCGUAGCCAAUACUCUGUAUCAAACCCAUCACCUCCUAAAAAGCUUUUUCACAAAGGGGUCGUUCCCAAUAUAAGGCAGGGUGUAAGUGCCGAAUCUCCUGAUUGUUUUCAUGUAAAAUAUGUAGCAGUUCUCAGCAAUGAAGAGAAAAAUAAAAUAAUCUCCAGAGGAGAUCGUUCUCCAAAUCGUUUCAUAAGUGACCUAAAAGUGAAUAAGGUUGAAGAAAAGCCUAAAUUCCAAUUUGACGAAACUAAAACGACUUUCGAUUGCCACAGUCUCAAAUUCAGCAAGGCGUUAGAUCUAAUGGCUGAUAAGAGUCCAAAGCUCAGGAAAGAAGUGCCUUAUAUUAAAGAGUACGAAGAAAUGACACGAUCAGGCUUUGGGCUGCCUAGAGGAGAAUUCACAGUUGAUGCCAUGCAGCCUAAUGUCCCCAGGUAUAAGAUUGCUAAACUGAAUACGCUGAAAGAAUCUCUCUUGCACACCUUCAAGAGGACGAAGACAAGCAAAAUGAGCUCCUUGCAAAGCAAGGAUACAUUUAUUACUACAGCUAGGGAUUGCUUGAACCUCUCUAAGGCAAAUGCUAAAAGUAUGUCACCAAACACUCCAAGAAGGCCAAUGAAGUCAAUAAAACAGAAAAAAGAAAGGCCACUAUCAAACCAAAACAUGAUUGAGGUUUUUGAAAAAAAGAGUCUGAAAUCAGCUGCUCCUUAUGAAAGCAGGCAAAUCUACAAUCUUGACGCAAAAGAAUUGCUAGAUGACAAUUAA